AUGGACACACCGACAGAGACGGGCGCUGUGGUGCAGGGAUCUGAGCAGGUCCGGAUCGGAGCUGGACUCGAUCCUCGCCUCAUCGACGAGUACGACGGGAGCGGCGACGUCGUCGAAUGGCACACGCAGGCGUCACUGCUCUGUGAGUAUCGCGGUGUGUCGGCGGCGGAGGUGUUGCCCAUGCGGCUGAAAGGUGGUGCUUUCGCCGUGUGGUCACAGCUGUCCGCGGUGGACCGCCGGUCAGCAACGGCGACACGAGACGCCUUGUUUAAGGCGUUCGCCAUGGACGACUUCGCGGCUCACACAGCAUUCGUCGCACGUCGGCUAGAGCCGGGGGAGAGCGCUGAUGUCUUCCUGGCGAGUCUGCGCCGCUAUGCUGCCCUGUUCGGCGGCGUGACGGACCGACAGCUGGUAGCUGCCUUCGUCAACGGUCUGCCGGCGUCCGUGGCGGACACAAUCCGAGCAGGAACCAGUGGGACGGCCAAAGUCACCAUGGAGUGCCAAGGCAAACGAGUGACGCUCGCAGCCUUUGUUGUGCCUGAUCGUCCAUUGGGAGUGGACAUGGUGCUGGGCAUGUCGGGCAUCACGGCCCUGGGUGGCAUCAGCCUGAGGACGCCGACAGACGUGCGGAUCUGUGCGGCGGCGGCGGCUGAGGUCGACCCCCAGGGGCUGGCGCUGGAUGCAGCAGACUUCUCGGCCCGGUUCGAGGCACAAACUGGAGAGUGGACGGUGGCAUGGAAGUGGGCAGACGGGGAAGGCCCGGAGUAUCUGCAGAACCAGGUCGCCCAGUAUGCCGUGCCGCCGGAAGCUCGACCAGCAUAUGACGCCGAGCUGGAGCUGUGGAUCCGGGAAGGAUGGCUGCAGCCGUACGACGAGCGGGUGGAUGGCCCAGUCCGAGGUUUAAUUCCUCUGAUGGCGGUCCCGCAGCCAAAUCAGGACAAGGUGAGGCCUGUCCUGGACUACCGUGAGCUGAAUGGUCACAUAAUCGCACACACUGCAGAUGCGGACGUUUGCGCCGAUCAGCUUCGUCGCUGGCGGCGGCAUGGCGCUCGCAUUACUGUAGUGGACUUGCGGAAGGCGUACCUUCAGCUCCGGUUGGAUCGGCGGCUGCGACCGUACCAGACGGUGGAGGUGCGAGGUCAGAGAUACUGCCUGACUCGCAUCGGAUUCGGCCUGAGCAUCGCACCGGCUGUCAUGAAGGCCGUGGUACGAGCCGUCCUGCUCCAGGAUGAAGUGGUGGCCCGAGGAGUGCUGCCUUAUGUGGACGAUCUCCUGGUGGACGAAGAAAUCGUCAGCGCGGACCACGUGGUGGAGCACUUCGCCCGCUACGGCCUGGACUGCAAGCCGCCGGAGCGGGCGGCGGAGGGAGCACGGCUGCUCGGACUGCGGGUGAGUGCGGUCGCUGGAGAGCUGUGCUGGCGUCGUGACAACCCAGUGCCGGCGCCCCCGGAAGUCCUGACGCGUCGGGCUGUGUUUGCUUGGUGUGGUCAGCUGGUGUCCCAUCUGCCAGUGGUGGGAUGGCUGCGACCAGCGGCCGCGUGGCUCAAACGGCGCGUCAAUGCUCUAACAGCAGGAUGGGACGACCCAACAGAGGACGUGGGGCUGCGCGGGCAGGUCGAUCAUGUCGUGGCCCGACUGAACGACAGUGACCCGGCUCGAGGCCCAUGGCGGCUGAAGGGGGACAAGUUGGUGGUCUGGACGGACGCUAGCUCUAUCGCUGCCGGUGUCGUCCUGGAGGACCCCGAGGGUGGCGUCGUGGAGGAUGCGAGCUGGCUGCGGCCUGAGUCGAAGGCGGCGAUGCACAUAAACAUGGCUGAACUGGACGCGGCGCUCAGCGGCGUGAACAUGGCGAUCGCCUGGGGCAUCACCAUCAUCGAUCUCUGUACGGACUCGGCUACGGUCCACAAAUGGAUCGAUGACGCCCUGACCGGCCGCUCGCACCUGCGGACGAAGGCACACGGGGAGAUGCUCAUCCGCCGGAGGAUCGACGUCAUCCGUCAGCUGGUGGAGGAGUUCAACCUGAGGCUGACAGUCGUCCUGGUGAAGUCCGCAGACAACCUGGCGAAUGCACUGACUCGUGUGCCAAAGGAGUGGCUCCAAACACCGGACCCAGAGCCUGCCGCACGGCCGGUGGCUGCCGCGGUAAUCGCGGACCCACGGCCGGAUGUCGACCUCGCACGGAUACGCGCAGUGCACGAGAAUGCGGCUGAGGUGACGAACCAGCUGGAAAACAUCUUCCUGGAAAGAGGCGCGCCUGCAGAGCUUCUGCUGGACAACGCCACGGAGUUCCGCAGCCGCCGGAUGGCGGCAUUCGCCGCGCGGUGGGGCGUCCGGCUGCGCUUCCGGGCGGUGCACGAGGCGGGCGGCAACGGCAUCGUCGAGCGCCACCAUCGGACAGUCAAGACGACGACCGUCGACACGAGCUCCGGUUCGGAAAACGACGCUAACGACGAGAAGGCGGCGGCGGCGGCGGUGGCGAUGGCGGAGGCGAUGGUGGCUUUAUGGAACCCAACGACGCCGUACCGGGGCGCUGCAACAGGGCGGCUGGAGGACUGA